CAAGGGUCCGAUCACAUAUAUCGUUCAGUUUGUUUUUAGCAUAGCAUUACCCUUAUUCCACGGAAAGGAUGACUUCAAAUUCACCAACAGAGGGGUCUAUACCCAUAUCCAAUGCUGCAGAUGACAAACAAUUUUCCCAUAACAAUCGAGCGCUAUCCAGUCUGUCGGAAAUUCCGAAUGCCAGGGUUGUAGAAGGAUAUCAGCUGACCAAGUUGAUGGACGACCAAAUUGUGGUUGACUUUGAUCAUAACUCGAUAGCACACCCAACCAAUUGGAGCCGAACCAAGAAGACAUAUAUAGUUCUUGCUGCACUGUUUCUUGUUUUGAACUCCGGCAUAUCCUCCUCUUUGCCCAGCAAUGUUGUACCAUACAUCAUGGAAGAUUUUGGCAUCCAGGGUGGCUCACAGAAGGUUCUACCAACAGGAGUCUUCCUCAUCGGAUAUGUUGUCGGUCCUUUGGGGUUCAGCCCGUUGAGUGAAACGGUUGGAAGGAGGCCCGUUCUACUCGGAAGCUUUACGGUCUUUGUUCUGGCGACACUUGCCUGUGCUUUUGCUCCGAACUGGUCCUCAUUAUUGGUUUUUCGAUUCAUAUGCGGCGUAAUGGGUGCUGCACCCCAGACUGUUGUUGGUGGCCUAUAUGCGGAUAUGUUCUCGAACACACGGGACCGCGGCCGGGUGAUGACCUUUUAUAUGUCUGCUGCAAGCUUCGGACCAAUUGUGGGGCCGAUCAUGUCCGGUUGCAGCGCACAGUACGGCUGGCGCUGGGCAUUUCGCAUCGAUCUAAUCCUAGCUGGAUGCUGUUGGAUUAUUGGGCUCUGUCUUCCUGAAACCUUUGCGCGAGUUAUCCUCAAGCAUAAAGUGAAGGAGCUGAACAACACGUUUACGACACAGACCUAUAUUUCGCAGCUUGACCUGAAAAAAGCGGAAGUGAACACCAGUCUCGUCGAGAUCUUCACCAGACCUAUCACAAUGGUUAUCUUCGAGCCUAUUAUUCUCUUCAGUGCUCUGUAUAUCUCAUUUGCUUAUGCGCUCAUUUUCUUUUGCUUCGCAGCAUACCCCAUCAUUUUCCAAGGAACUUAUGGCUUCAACAUUCAGCAGACUUCACUCUGCUUUUUACCCAUUGGCAUUGGCGCGGCGUCAUCAGGUCUCAUCUCUCUUUACUACGAUGUCUUCUACGAAAAAGCCAAGGCUCAAGGCAAGAAGUGGACCAGCAUUCCGGAAUACCAGCGACUUCCUAUAUGCCUCAUCGGCGGCCCUUGCCUCACGAUCAGUCUGUUCUGGCUCGCCUGGACCGCAAACCGCAGCGUCUACUGGCUGGUUCCCGUUCUCUCCGGCCUCAUGUUUGGCGUCGGAUACCAGAUCAUUUUCAUUUCACUGUUGACGUACGUCACGGAUGCGUAUAAGGUCUACUCCGCGAGCGCACUGUCUGCAUCGCUUAUCACCCGAAGUAUUCUUGGUGCGGUGUUUCCGCUGGCGGCCGAUCCCAUGUACUCCGCGCUGAGUGUGGGGUGGGCGACCUCGAUUCUGGGCUUCGCUAGUUUGGCGUGUAUCCCUAUCCCUAUAAUGUUUAUCUAUGCUGGAGAGUGGAUUAGGAGAAAGAGCCCGUUCUGUCAGCGGCUGAUGGAAGAUGAAAGGAGAAGGAAGGAGGAGGCGAUGGUGACUAGACCCGCAACCCCAGAGGAGGUCUAA